UGGAGUUUAAAUGAAAUUUAACAGAAGCGUCACGUGCAGUCACGUGUUGUUUAACUUGUUUAUAAAUUACAAUCAAAUAUUUUUUAAAAAUUAUAAUCAACGUGCUGUGAAAUAAAUAAACUAGUCAUUUAGGGUGUAAUUAAUUAGACUAGAGAUAAGCUAUAAAAUAAUAUAAUAUAAAACUAAGAGAUAUAACCUGUAAUUUAAAUUAAUUGAUUAAAGAAUUUAUAAAUCGUACGAUAAAAUGCCGGAAGUGAAGCUAAAAAUUGAUGAGUGUGUAAAAAAAUCUUUUAUGCGAAUCAAUGGUCAAUUAAAUGGCAGUUCAAUUAAAAUUUAUUUGAGUAAUAAAAUAAAAGAAGAAGAAGCCAAAAUAAUAGAGCUUAAUUUGAUCACAAAAGAUUUGUCGAGUAUUUCUGAUAAUUUUUUUUAUCGAUACUGCAAUUUAUUUCGAUUAGAUCUGUCCGGUAACAAAUUAUCAACUAUAACGAAUGCAAUUGAAUCUCUUGUUAAUUUAGAGUGUUUGGUAUUGGAUAACAAUAGAUUUAAAAAAUUUCCUCAAGUAGUUGAGAAUCUUGUGAGGUUGAAGGAACUGAGCUUGAAAAACAAUGGAUUGACUGAAUUUCCUGAGACUUGUCGGGGCUCUACGAGUAUAGAAAAAUUAAAUUUGUCAGACAAUAAAAUAAAUUUUUUACCACUAACCUGGAAAAAUAUGAGGCGUUUAAAGAGUUUAGAUUUGUCUUAUAAUUAUUUUAAAUCGAUUCCCACAUCUAUUGAACAAGGAAUGCCCAUUCUAGAGAUGCUAGAUGUAUCCGGAAAUAGAGGAAUGUCAAUAGAUGGUCAAAUUUAUAGUCACAGAAUUAAAAAAUUUUACUGCAGAAAUAACAAAACUCGUUGUUUAUGGUUCCCCAAAUGGAUUUUCUCUGGUAAAUAUUAUCAGUUCGAUGAACUGGACUUUGAAAACUCGUCAUUCAGUAUCAUAUUGAUACCACCAAAUCCUAAAAUCCGCGUUAAAGUACUAAAUCUCCAACGUUGUAAUUUUACAAGCAAAACUAUUGCUGCUGUAUUAUGUGACAUUGAGUCUAUUGAGUACUUGAAGAUAGGAAACAAUAAUUACUGUUCCGAUGGAAAUUUAUUCACCGAGUUACCGCUCGAAUUAAUAAACGCACCGCAGGAUCUCCUGAAAUUAAAUUGCCGAGAUGUCGGUCUCCCGUCAAUUCCACCGGCGAUAAAAAAUUUUAUCAGUAUCACCAAGAUUGAUUUGAGCUUAAAUCACAUCAGCUGGCUGCCUAAUGAAUUCUGUUUUAUGGAAAAAUUAGAGAUUUUACUUCUUUCUCGCAAUACUUUAAUAAUGCUACCGCAGAAUAUCGGGCAACUGGAGCAUUUAAGAGUACUAGAGAUUUCCAAUAAUCAUAUUUCAUCUCUACCGGAGUCUAUAAGUCAGCUCAAGAAUCUUCAGUACCUCGAUCUUUACUGUAAUGAUUUAUCCGAGUUACCAGAGUACUUUAAAGACUUUGAUAAUCUCGUAGGUCUUGAUGUCGAACAAAAUUUCAUCGAUACCGAUAAUUGUCAAUUACUGAUGUACGAAAGUCUGCGUGAAGCAAACAGAGUGUACAAUAAAUCAGAAUUAAGACUAAAUGGUCCGAGGGUAGAACAGCAGUCAACUCAUUUAAGUCGAUCAACAAGUUCAUUAACAAAUUCAAACGAUUCUUACGAAAGUUCCUUCGAUGUCUCAUUUGACAUGUCUCAAGAGUGUUAUGUUAAAACUGAUGAUAAUUGGGACAAAGAAUACGAUAGUUCGGAUGAUUUUGAUGCAUAUAAUCCACCAGUUAUUAAUGAAAUCCAGUGGCAAUACCCGAGGAAUGUGUGGACCAAUCCGAUGCAUUUUUGUCCUGCGGAUUUACACGUACCGAGAAUAAAAGAUAUAAUUGCUGAAAACUACGCUCGCGGAAAAUAUCCAAUUCGGGCAGCAAUUGUCGAGGGACAGUUCGAUAACGCCGAUUAAUUUCAUUAAUUUAAUCCCGUAAGAUAAACGAUGGAGUUGGAUUUGAUAUUUCCGACGUCAGAUUGCAAGAAAUAAUAAUAUAAAGACAAUCUAUGAUUAUUCUCUUGUAUAACUUGGAGUGGUUCAAGUUUUCAUAAUUGAAUACACUAAAUUUUCAUAUUCAUUGUUUGAAAUACUCAUUUUUUUUACUUUUUGUUUUUAUUUAUUAUUAUUUUCAAUAAGCUUUAAAUUACUUAAAGUUUGUUUGUUAAAAUUUUUCAAUAAAUUUUAUGCAAAUACUUUCUUUUAUCGUUAAUAAUUAAUGAUUGUCAUUAUUAUAGUAUGAGUAUUACAACGAAUUAAAGAAAGAAAUAAUUGAAAAUACUUACCUAGUUAAAUAAUAAUUAUGAUAAAUGUGAUUUAGUAGAGUAAAGACUAAAGAGUGAACACGUCGAGUCACAAAACACCAAUCAAGCUGUUGUGUUACUAACAAAAGUUUAACUCAUUAAUAAUUGUUGAGUUUACAGAUGUUAUCAUAAAAUUGUUAUGGAAAAAGUUAAUAAUCGCUUAUCAAACAUUCCACUAUUAUUAAAAUAAAAAAGUAAUAAUUAUUAUUAAUAUUAAUAAUGCGUUGACUCGUUUUAAUGUAAAAUUUUGUUAUUGCAAAAGCAAUUUUUAUAAAUUAAGU